AUGGAGAAAUUCUUAAAGUCCAAAGAAUAUUGGACGAUUGUUGUUUCUGGAGUAGCAGAACCAACAGAAGGUGUUGUGCUGACAGAUGCGCAAAAGACAAAGCUUGAAGGGCUGAAGUUAAAGGACCUUAAAGCAAAGAAUUAUCUUUUCCGAGAUAUUGAUCAUUCAAUCUUGGAAACCAUUCUUUGCAAGGACACCGCUAAGCAUAUUUGGGAUUCCAUGAAGAAGAAGUACCAAGGUACAACAAGAGCUAAGAGGCAGCAGCUUCAAGCACUUCGUUCGGAGUUCGAAAUGCUUCGAAUGACGUCAGGAGAAUUAGUUAUAGACUAUUUUUCAAGAACGAUAGCAAUCGUUAACAAGAUAUGGAUCCAUGGUGACAAGACAGAGAAUGUUCUCAUUGUUGAGAAGAUUCUUCGAUCCUUAACACCAAACUUUAAUUUUAUUGUUUGUUCUAUAGAAGAAGCUAAUGAUGUUGGUUUACUGUCAAUUGAUGAAUUACAAAGUUCUCUGUUGAGAGUGAAAAAGGCAUUGGAGCUUGUUCAUUAUGACAUUUGUGGGCCAAUAAUACCAAAUUCUAAUGGAGGUAAAAGAUAUAUAAUUACCUUCAUUAAUGAUUAUAGUCGUAAGAUAUGGGUUUAUUUUUUGCAAGAAAAAUCUGAAGCCUUUGUAGCUUUUAAAAGCUAUAAAGCACUUGUUGAGAAAGAAGUUGGCAACCCAAUAAAAGUUGUUCGCACGGAUCGCGGUGGAGAAUAUAACUCACAUGAAUUUGAAAAUUUUUGUGAGAACCAUGGAAUCAAGAGACAACUUACAACAACUUAUACACCCCAACAGAAUGGUGUAUGCAAGAGGAAGAACUGCACUAUUAUGAAUAUGGUGCGAAGCCUUUUGACAAAAAGUGGCAUUCCAAAAAGUUUCUGGCCUGAAGCAGUUAAUUGGAGCAUUUAUAUAUUGAAUAGAAGUCCCACACUUGCUGUUCAAAAUAUGACACCGGAAGAAGCAUGGAGCGGAAGGAAACCUGCUGUAGAUUAUUUCCGGAUUUUUGGGUGUAUUGCCUAUGCCCACAUUCUAGACGAGAAGAGAAGGAAGCUAGAUAACAAGAGAGAAAAAUGCAUUUUUGGUGUUAAUGAUAAGUCAAAAGCUUAUAAAUUAUACAAUCCUAACACCAUGAAAAUUGUCAUCAGCCAUGAUGUGGUAUUUGAUGAAAAAGCUAAGUCACAAAGGCCUCAACGUGUUCGAAAAAAACCAGCAUGGAUGACUAAUUAUGAGGUAACUGGAGUUGAUCAAGGUGAUGACCCACUUACAUAUUUUGAUUUGUUUUCUGAUAGUGAUCCUACCAUUUUUGAAGCGGUUGUCAAAGAACCUAAAUGGAGAAAGGCUAUGGAUGCUGAAAUUAUAUCCAUUGAAAGAAAUGAUACAUGAGAGCUAUGUGAUCUUCCAAAAGGGCAGAAGACAAUUGGUGUAAAGUGGGUUUACAAGACAAAGUUGAAGGAGAAUGGUGAGGUUGACAAGCACAAGGCACGCUUGGUAGCUAAGGGCUACAAACAGGAGGUUGGUGUUGAUUAUAAAGAAGUCUUUGCUCCGGUUGCAAGGCAUGAUACAAUCAGAUUGGUGAUUGUAAUGACAACUCAAAACUCAUGGCUUAUCUUCCAGUUAGACAUGAAAUCAGCAUUCCUCCAUGGAGAUUUGAAAGAAGAGGUAUUUAUCGAUCAACCUCCUGGUUAUUAAUCACUUGGCAAUGAGCAUAAAUUGUAUAAGUUAAAGAAAGCUCUAUAUGGAUUAAAACAAGCUCCACGGGCUUGGUAUAAUCGUAUAGAAACUUAUUUUUUGAAGGAAGGAUUUAAAAAAUGUCCUUAUGAACAUACACUUUUUAUAAAGAUUGAAAAUGGAGGAAAAAUGCUCAUUGUUUGCUUAUAUGUAGAUGAUUUAAUCUACACAAGAAAUAAUACAGCCAUGUUUGAAAGUUUCAAGAAAUCCAUGAUGGCUGAAUUUGAGAUGUCUGAUCUUGGCAUGAUGCAUCAUUUUCUUGGCAUUGAAGUGAUGCAGUCUUCUACUGGAAUUUUUAUUUCUCAAAAGAAGUAUGUGGGAGAAAUCUUGGAUAAGUUUCAGAUGAAGGAUUGUAAUCUUAUAAAUACUCCAUCUGAGUUUGGUAUGAAGCUAAACAAAGAUAAUGGAGGAAAAAAGGUUGAUGACACUCUUUACAAAAAAAUAGUGGGGAGUUUAAUGUAUUUGACGACAACAAGACCUGAUAUAAUACAUGUUGUAAGUGUGAUUAGCAGAUACAUGGAAUGUCCUAUAGAGAUUCAUCUCUUGGCUGCAAAAAGAAUUUUUCGGUACUUGCAAGGUACUAAGGAGUUUAGGCUCUUCUACAAGAAUGGAGAAAAGUCAGAUUUGUUUGGCUUUACAGAUAGUGAUUAUGCAGGAGAUCUAGAUGAUCGAAAAAACACAUCUGGGUACAUUUUCAUGAUGGGGACUGGAGUUGUUUCAUGGUCAUCAAAGAAGAAACCUAUUGUCACAUUAUCAUCCACUAAAGCUGAAUUUGUUGUUGCAACAGCUUGUGCUUGUCAAGCUAUUUGGUUAAAGAAAAUCCUUAAAGAGUUGUAUUUCAAAGAGAAGGUACCUACUUAG